AUGAGCUCUCCGAGCUGGGGUGGGCUUGGUGCCCUGCUCCUGCUGCUGCUGCUCCCAGGCUGGGCCAGCCCCACCUUUGUCCGUGUUAACCAAGGGGUCAGGGUGAUGAAGGGCAGUUCCGCCUUCCUGUCUCAAGAUGACCUGAAGUUCACCAUCCCCAAAGAGAAAGAUGCCUGCAAAGUGGAAGUCGUGAUGAAUGAGCCAAUAACCCAGAGGGUUGGGAAACUUACUCCACAGGUUUUUGACUGCCAUUUCCUUCCCAAUGAGGUAAAAUAUACUCAUAAUGGUUGCCCAAUUCUUGAUGAAGACACAGUGAAGCUUAGACUCUACAGGUUUACUGAGACAGACACCUUCACGGAAACCUUUACCUUGCGGGUCUACCUCCUGGAACCAGACUGUAACAUCAUCCGCAUGAGUGAGGAUGCACUGGAGGUGUCUGAGUUCUACGGCCUGUCCCGAGUCAUUGAUAAGAAUCUGCUCAGAUUUGAUUACGAGAGGAUGGCCAGCCUGGAAUGCACAGUCAGACUGGACCCUGUGGGAACUCAGCUGCCAGCCCACGGCCAGUUGGUUCUGGUGGAGCCCCAGCUGGAAGAACCUCGUGGAGAUCAGCCACAUAGUUUCUUCCCUGAGUCUCAAUUGGGAACAGAGCCGAAGUGUCCAGGUGGCAGGUGUACCCUGGGACUGAAGAAAGUCGGAAGUCUCAAAGUGAGCUGUGAGGAGUUCCUGCUGAUGGGGCUUCGAUACCAACACCUGAGUUCCCCUUCUCCCAACAUUGAUUACUUCUCCAUCCAACUGGACCUCACAGAUAGCAGGAGUAAAAUCACAUACAAGUCAGAGCGUGCGUGGCUGCCUGUCUAUAUCAGACCUGGAAUUCCCAAUCAGAUUCCAAGAGCUGCAUUCAUGGCCAUGUUUAUUCUGGAAGUGGAUCAGUUCAUCCUGACCUCACUGACUACAUCGGUUCUGGACUGUGAAGAGGAUGAGACCCCCAAACCCUUGCUGGUGUUCAACAUUACUAAAGCUCCGCUCCAGGGCUAUGUGACUCACCUGUGGGAUCACACCAGACCAGUGUCCUCCUUUACCUGGAAGGAUCUAAGAGAUAUGCAGAUUGCCUAUCAGCCACCAAACAGCAGCCAUUCUGAGAGGAGACUUUAUGAGGUGGAGCUGGAGGUCUAUGACUUCUUCUUUGAGAAGAGCGCACCUAUUACAGUCCACAUCUCCAUCAGAACAGCAGAUACAAAUGCCCCGCGAGUGUCCUGGAACACAGGUCUGAAUCUCCUGGAGGGACAGUCUAGGGCCAUUACAUGGGAACAGUUUCAGAUUGUGGACAAUGAUGACAUUCAUGCUGUCCAGGUAGUCACUGUGGAUGGCCUGCAGCACGGACACCUUACUGUGAGAGGGGGGAAAGGGUUUCUCUUCACUGUGGCUGACCUUCAGGCUGGAGUCGUUCGAUAUCAUCAUGAUGACAGUGACUCCACCAAAGACUUUGUGGUCUUCAGGAUAUUUGACAGCCAACACAGCAUCCAACAUAAGUUUCCCAUCAACAUCUUGCCCAAAGAUGACAGUCCGCCAUUCCUCAUAACAAAUGUUGUGAUUGAACUGGAAGAGGGGCAGACCAUACUAAUUCAGGGUUCCAUGCUGAGAGCUUCAGACAUGGACUCCAGUGAUGACUACAUCUUCUUUAAUAUCACGAAACCCCCACAAGCUGGAGAGAUCAUGAAGAAACCAGUGCCAGGACUGAUAGGCUAUCCAGUCCCUGGCUUCAUUCAGAGGGAUCUAUUCAAUGGCAUCAUUUACUAUCGUCACUUUGGUGGAGAAAUCUUUGAAGAUUCAUUUGAAUUUGUCCUGUGGGACAGCCACGAACCUCCAAAUCUCUCAGUGCCACAGGUGGUGACAAUCCAUAUCACUCCAGUAGAUGACCAGCUUCCAAAAGAGGCUCCCGGAGUUUCUCGGCAUUUAGUUGUCAAGGAAACAGAGGUGGCCUACAUCACUAAGAAACAUCUACAUUUUAUAGAUACAGAAUCACAAGACAGGGAGCUGCUCUACACAAUAACCGCUCCUCCAUUUUUCUCCUCCAGCCGCAGACACUUAGAUGCUGGGAAAUUAUUCAUGGUGGACAGCAUACCAAGGCUAACCAAGACUCCUGCAGCUCCAGGGUUAAAAUAUUUCACUCAGCAUGCUGUGAACCAUAUGAAAGUGGCCUACAUGCCACCCAUGCAAGAUGUAGGUCCGCAUCCAAGACACGUCCAGUUUGCCUUUUCCGUCAGUAACCAGCACGGUGGGACGCUAUAUGGGAUCUGCUUUAAUAUCACGAUUCUUCCGGUGGACAAUCAGGCCCCAAAGGUGUUUACCAAACCUCUGAGAGUGGUUGAGGGAGGUCAGUGUGUCAUCAGCACAGAGCAUGUCCUAGUUUCUGACGAGGACACCGAACCGGACAACGUCCACCUCUCCUUGCAGAGUCUGCCUCAGCAUGGAACGGUGGAGCUAGAUGGAAUCCCUCUAAACACAGGGGCCACGUUUUCUUGGGGAGACCUCCAGGCCUUAAAACUUAGAUAUCAGCAUGAUGGAUCUGAGGAAUUUCAGGAUGACAUACUACUGCAGGUCACAGAUGGCACAAAUGCAGCUGAGUAUGUUCUACACGUUGAGGUGUUCCCUGUAAAUGAUGAGCCACCAGUGCUAAAGGCGGACCUCAUUCCCAUGAUGCAUUGCUCCGAGGGUGAAGAGGUGGUCAUCACUUCUGAAUACAUUUUUGCUACUGAUGUGGACAGUGAUGAUCUGAAGCUGAUGUUCGUGAUUGUUGGAGAACCUCAGCAUGGGACUGUGAGGAGAGCUGGGGUUAGGGUACAUCAAUUCUCUCAGGAAGAUGUUGUCGCAGGGGUUGUGACGUACAAACACACAGGUGGUGAGAUUGGCCUGAUGCCUUGUUUUGACGCCAUUACAUUGGUGGUUUCGGACAGAGAAGCUGGUCCUUUUGUGAAUGGCUGCUGUUACAAAGGGCCUCAUCCAUCUGUUCCUCUUCAUGAGUCCUUUCCAAUGUAUGAUCUCAACAUCACAGUGUAUCCAGUGGACAACCAACCACCUUCAGUUGCCAUAGGUACCAUGUUCGUUGUGGAUGAGGGUUUCGCAGCAGCCCUUACUGUUAACCAUUUGUCUGCCACUGAUCCUGACACUGCACCAGAUGACUUGGAAUUUGUUUUGGUUUCUCCUCCCCAGUUUGGCUACCUUGAAAACACACUCCCUUCUGCAGGUUUUGAAAAGAGCAAUAUGGGCAUCAGCAUAGCUUCGUUUCAGUGGAAAGACAUGAAGGCUUUACAUAUUAACUAUGUGCAGUCCAGGCAUCUGGGGAUGGAACCAACGGCUGACAAGUUUGUGUUGUAUGUCACUGAUGGGAAGCGACGCUCCAUGGAGAUACCAUUUUACAUUAUAAUCAACGCUACAAAUGAUGAAGCUCCUGAUUUUAUAGUGCAGAAUAUUACUGUGUGUGAGGGUCAGAUGAGAGAGCUGGAUUCUUCCAUCAUCAGUGCUACUGACCGGGACAUUCCCAAGAACCCCUUGCUGUUCAGUAUCACUCACAAACCGCGUCAUGGCCUCCUCAUCAACAGUGCAUUUAGCAGAAACUUUUUUCAAUAUAAGCAAUCAGCCAACCCCGGCCAGAAGCAUGAACUUGUCUACAACUUUUCCAUGGAACUUCUCAAGAAUGGAAUGAGGCUGAUGUACGUGCACGAUGAUUCAGAGAGUCUUACUGAUGACUUUACAAUCCAGGUGUCAGACGGGAAACAUAAGAUACUUAAAACCGUUUUUGUAGAGGUCACCCCAGUUAAUGAUGAGAAACCAAUGCUGAGCAAGAAGGCUGAAAUUACAAUGAAUAUGGGUGAAACUCGUAUUAUUUCUAGUGCUGUUCUCUCAGCCAUAGAUGAAGACUCACCCAGGGAGAAGAUUUACUAUUUAUUUGAAAGACUUCCCCAAAAUGGGCAACUUCAACUUAAGAUAGGGAGGGACUGGGUCCCUCUGUACUCUGGCAUGAAAUGCACUCAGGAAGAAGUGGAUUUGAACUUGCUGAGAUAUACACACACUGGGGCCAUGGACUCCAAGAACCAAGACAGCUUCACCUUCCACCUCUGGGAUGGUGACAAUAGGUCACCGGCAUUUGACUGUCACAUCACCAUCAAGCAUAUGGGAAAAGGUGAUAUUGUCAUCCUGGCAAAACCACUUGUGGUGUCUAGAGGUGGCAGAGGUUUCCUGACGACCACCACUCUCCUUGCUGUGGAUGGAACAGACAAGCCCGAGGAACUUCUCUACGUCAUCACCUCCCCACCGCAAUUUGGCCAGGUUGAGUACGGCCGCUAUCCUGGGGUCCCCAUUACAAGCUUCAGCCAAAUGGAUAUAGCAGGACAGACAGUCUGCUAUGUGGAUAAGAGCACAACAGCUGUCUACAGAGACACAUUCAGAUUCAUCGUCAGCAAUGGACUUCAGACCAAGCCUGGGGUUUUUGAGAUCACACUGGAGACUGUGGACACAGCCUUACCCGUGGUGACCAGGAACAAGGGGUUGAGACUGGUUGAAGGGGCCACAGGCCUGCUCUCCCCUGACCUCCUGCAGCUGACCGACCCUGACACUCCAGCCGAGAAACUCACCUUCCUUCUGGCCCAGCUCCCACGGCAUGGCCAGCUCUACCUGCAGGGGAUGGUGCUGAUCCCACGCAAUUUCACUCAGCUGGAUGUGGACAGCGGGCAUGUGGCCUAUCGGCACUUGGGAGGGAAUUCUCGGACUGACCACUUCACUUUUGUGGCCGCAGAUAGGACAAACCACGGCUUUCUUGUGGAUGGGAGAGUGUGGCAAGAACCUGUAUCAUUCACCAUCCAGGUGGACCAGUUGGACAAAGCGGCCCCCCGCAUCACACACUUGCAUUCCCCUUCUCAAGUAGGGCUCUUGAAAAAUGGUUCUUACGGGAUUUACAUCACUUCCCGCGUGUUGAAGGCAUCAGACCCUGACACUGAUGAUAAUCAGAUCAUCUUUAAGAUUUUACGAGGCCCCCAACAUGGGCAUCUGGAGAACUCAAUGACAGGUGAAUUUAUCCAUGAGAAAUUUAGCCAGAAGGACUUAAACAGUAAGACCAUUCUUUACAUCAUAAACCCAUCUUUGGAAGUAAAUUCAGAUACCAUGGAAUUUCAAGUCAUGGAUCCCACAGGGAACUCCGCCACUCCUCAAAGUUUGGAACUGAAGUGGUCUCAUAUUGAGUGGUCACGGACUGAAUAUGAGGUCUGUGAGAAUAUGGGCAUGCUGCCCUUGGAAAUUACCAGAAGGGGAUAUUCCAUGGACUCAGCCUUUGUGAGUGUACAGGUCAACCAAAUGUCAGCUACAGUUGGAAAGGAUUUCACCAUGACUCCAUCUAAGCUGGUUCAGUUUGACCCAGGAAUGUCAACUAAGAUGUGGAAUAUAGCAAUUACCUAUGACGGAUUAGAGGAAGAUGAUGAGGUCUUUGAAGUAAUUCUGAACUCCCCUGUGAAUGCGGUUCUUGGCACAAAGACAAAAACUGCAGUGAAAAUUUUGGACUCAAAAGGAGGGCAGUGCCAUCCUUCAUAUGCCUUCAGUCCAGACAUGCCCAGUGCAGGGGAGAAGGGCGUUCGGCACCUGCUCUCCCCAGGGGCUUCCUCACCCACCACUUCUGGUGUCUUUCAUCUGGAAAGAAGACCCCUUCCCGCUUCCGAGCUGCUAGCAGUCACCAGGGGUGACGCCCUGCGGGACUUUGGUUCUGAAGAUCUUUCUCCAGUGAAGCUUAGGACCCGAGGCAAUGGCAAAACAGUUCCUCCAUCCUCUGUUUAUAGAAAUAGAACAGACAUCAUCUAUAACUAUCAUGGGAUGAUUUCCCUGAAAUUGGAAGAUGACAGCUCCCCAGCUCGCAGAAGGAAGGCCAACAUAUCCAUUAUUAGUGAGCCCCAAAAGACAACCAAAGUGGCAGAACCGCCUCAAGCCGAUAAGGAGGAAUCCACAACCGGCUCACACUUCCCCAGACAGGACCCGUUGCCCUCAUUCCCAAAGAACUGCACGCUGGAAUUAAAGGGACUCUUCCACUUUGAAGAAAGCCUCCAAAAACUGUACAAGUGUGAUGGAAUUGCCUGGAGAUCCUGGAGCCCCCACACCAAGGAGGUGGAAGAUAAAUCCUGCCCCGCUGGGUGGCACCGUCAUUCAGGCUACUGCCACUCCUUGAUCACAGAGCAGAAAGGCACAUGGACUACAGCUGCCCAAGCUUGCAGAGAACAACACCAGGGCAGCCUUGUAACUGUCAUCUCCAGGCAGCACAUGCGAUGGCUUUGGGACAUCAGUGGAAGAAAGCCGUUUUGGAUAGGUUUGAAUGACCGAGUGCGUGCUGGCCACUGGGAGUGGAUUGGCGGUGAACCUGUGACCUUCACCAACUGGAGGAGAGGGCCCCCUCAACGUUCAAGGCAUGGCAAGGACUGUGUUUUGGUUCAAAGGCCAGGAAAAUGGCACACAAAGGACUGUAGGAAGGGAAAAUCUCACAAUUAUGUGUGCUCCAGGAAACUCUAA